ACUACUUCCGGGUUGAAAGUCAGAGCGCCAUAUUGUCUAUGAGGCAGUGAAGAAGCUGUUGAGGAGAGGUGAGGAGAAAGAAAGAUCCAGGCUGAACUUUACGGUUAAACAUGUGGGAUCAAGGUGGUCAGCCCUGGCCACACUGGCCUCUCAGCCAGCAGCAGUGGAUGCAGUCUUUCCAGCACCAGCAGGACCCAAGCCAGGUGGACUGGGCAGCUCUGGCACAAGCCUGGAUUGCUCAGAGAGAAGCUACUGGACAAACGGUACUGGAUCAGCAAGGACUGCAACCCAAUGGCCAGGAAAUCCAAGGAUUAGAGACUGGUCCCAACAAUCAUGGGACGUUUCAGGGUGAUCCAAAUUUUAACAGAAUGUGGCAGCCAGACUGGGGAAUGCAUGGCCAGCCUCCUCACCCACCCCCUGACCAGCAGUGGAUACCUCCAGGCCCCGGGCCAAUGGAUGUACCUCCAUCUGAAGACAGUAACAGCCAGGACAGCAUCGAAUUCCCUCCAGACUCCAGACGUGGAAUGUUCAACCAAAAUAAUCACACGUUUGGAGGGCAACCUGACAGCUUUCCCAUGGCCCCGAUGCCAGUGAACCAGUUCGAUUACCAGCAUGGUGCUGCUGCUUUUGGCCCUCCGUCGACGGGAUUCCCUCCCCCGUACUGGCAGCAGGGCCCCCCGCAGAACCGCAGAGACAGACCCCCUUCGUUUAGGGAGCGCCCCAGAUCUCCUGUACAGCUGCCAGUAAAACAGGAACCCCCAGCUCUUGAUGCGGUGAAACGGCGGACAUUACCUGCUUGGAUCCGUGAGGGGCUGGAGAAGAUGGAGCGAGAGAAACAGAAAAAACUUGAAAAGGAGAGGAUGGAGAAGCAACGUGCUGAAAUGGCGAAAGAUGAAAAGAAAUCUAAUGAUUUACCGGAGGAAGAAGGCGAUGGGCCUCGAUUACCCUGCAAAAGUAAAUUUGACAGCGAUGAUGAGGAAGAGGAGGAGGAGGAGGAGGAAGAAGAUGAAAGGACUGAAGCUAGAAAGUCAGACGUGGGAAGCACGUCUCCAUCUCCAGUUCGUGAAGAGCAGAUUGAACCAGACUUGACUGAUGAAGAGAGAGAAUUUCAGCUGAUGAUGUUGACCAAAAUGCUCCUCACAGAAGUGCUUUUAGAGGUCACCAAUGAAGAGAUCUAUAAUGUAGCAAAGGAUGUCCAUCGCAAGGCAACAAAAGCUCCUGCAAAGCAGCUGGCACAGUCCAGUGCACUGGCUUCUCUAUCAGGACUCGGUGGGCUGGGUGAGUACGGUUCAGAUGACAGUGAAGAGGAGAAAAGUGUGAGAGGCUCAGAAUCCUCCGACACGGAUGACGAGGAGCUGCGACACAGAAUUCGGCAAAAGCAGGACGCCUUCCGCAGGAAAGAGAAGGAGAUGCAACUGCUGCAGGAGAGGCAGCUACAGGAAGAAGAAAAACAAGCUGAAAGAUCGAACCGAGACAUGAGCGAAUACGAUACCGAGCAGGCUGUCAGUUCAGUGAGGCAGGAAGUCAGGGAUAGAGAGGCUGAGCCUGGCGCUGAAAAGAGAAGGGUUCGGAGCGAGGCAGACCCGAGCGACCCCCGGAGGGCAGUGAAAGAGAGAGUAGGCAGGAGCAGGAGCUCCUCGGUCAGCACCAGCCGUAGCAGCAGUGGAGGCAGCAGCAGCAGUAGCAGCAGCAGCAGCAGGUCCAGCUCCUCCUCCAGCUCUAGCUCGGCUAGCAGCCGCAGCUCCUCGCGUUCCUCCUCCCCCAAGAGAAAGAGGAAGCGCAGUCGAACGCGCUCCCCCGCUCACAGGGUAAGUCAGCGCAGCCGCAGCCGGAGCAGGAGCUCCCGCAGGCAGAGGAGGGAGCCCAGCAAGGAGAAAGGGAGGGACAGGAGGAGGGACAGGAGCACAGAGAGGGGCAGGAGGAGGAACCACAGCCGCUCCAGGGAGCGGAGGAGCAGCCGCGAGAGGCGGAAGAGCAGGUCGAGGGAGAGGGAGAGGGCCAGGGCCAGCCGCAGCAGGAGCAGGGAGAGGCGGCGCAGCGGCGACAGGAGGAGAAGCCAGAGCCGGGGCCGGCACAAGCAGAAAGAGGUCAGCAAGGAGAGGGAGAAGAGGAAGGACAGGAGCCGCAGCAACGACAAAGACAAGAAGAAAAAGGAGAAGGAGGCCGAGCGCAAGAAGGACAAGCAGAAAGGCAAAGAGAGGGAAAAGAGGGAGGAGAAAGAUUACAAGGCGGCAAGCCAGAGUGAGAGCAGUAGCAAAUCGAGGAGGAAGAGGGAGAGCGAACAGCCAGACUCCUACGGCGAGGCCUCGGGCAGAUUUUCACGGCAGGAUAGCAGAUCGACCAAAAAGGGCUUGGCCAAAAAUAGCAAAAAGUAUUCCGAUUCGGAGUCUAGCGGCAGGAGCAGUUCUCGGUCCCCAGAGGUUAGCAAGGAAAAGAAGUCUAAGAAAUCCAAACGUAGUCGUUCAAGGUCAACGGAAAAAUCGCACAAGUCUGGUAAGAAGGCAAGCCGCAAACACAAGUCUAAGUCACGAUCAAGGUAGUAUUCAAUUUUUUAUCUAUUUAUUUUUAAUUGUUUUUUGUAAUUGUCGAGGUUUUGUUCUUUAGCCUUGAAUGUUUUAGCAGUUUUAACAAGUUAACUUUCCGGUGAAAAAUAAUUGCUCUUCUUUUUCCUUAAAAUCCCAUAUUUAGUCCCCGUUCCUUUCUAGGAGUUGCUGAUAAGUGUUCCAUUGUGCUCCUUGCAGGGAGAUUUUGGGUUAAAGCAUUGCCAUCUUCUUUCAGAUUUGUGGUUGGACAUUAUACUGUGAUGUAUUAGCAGUUGAAGAGUUACCAGGGAUCUGUAUAUCUCAGUGUACUACCUUUUCAUUGAGGCCAAAGCCUUAUGGCAUUCAAAUAUAGUAACAGCCUUGCCAGUAGCGUUUUAGGUGCCUGAAAGCAAAAAAAAAUGUACUGAAAAUGUUUUAUUAUUCUGUUGUUAAACGAAGUAAUGUAGGAGAACGUACAGUGCAACUGAUGUUCCUCUUGAUUUCUUUUGCAGGUCGGUCACACCAGUACGUCGCAAACGUUGAGGAAUGAUAAUGGCACCUGAAGCGUGCACUUAUUUUAAAAUUCCAUGAGUUUUAAAGGCUUGUCUCAUUAUAGAGGCAACUGUGUAGGUGAUCUUUCUUUUUCCUGUAAAUAAGUACAUUUUUUAAAGUACUGUCUGCAGUCCAAGAUUUUGAAUGAUAGGUUUCCCCUGUAUCCAUUAAUUUGCGGUCAGUAGUUGCUCAGAUCCUACAGUUGUAACUUUUUAAAAAAAAACAUCGUCAUGUAAAUUGCUGUCCAAUAAAACAAAAAUCAGUAGUG